CUCACACAAGCAACAUUUACGUGAUGCUAUCUCUUUCUCGCUCGUGGCGUGUUAUAGGCGACGUCGUUUUCUCCGUGCGUGUGCGCAGCCUCGGCAAGCGUAUAAAAGAGAGCUCGUGAGUCGCUGCCGUGGAGGAGAGAUACGGCGCGGGCUCUCUCACUCCGGACACCAUCUUACAUUUGUCCCGCGCCGCCUUCACAUCACACUUGGAACAUCGCACUGAUCCGAUCCGCAAUUGCUUCUCUCUUUGUUUAGCCUAUCUCGUACGCACGUCGUAACGCGAGCUGUAGCUUUGCUAAAGUAAUUUCAGCGGCUGGAUUUAGUUCUACUGGAUUCAGAGCUGUCUAACUAGGCGACAGACAAUAUGGCCCUCAGUCAGACGAGCGUGUUGAAACUGUACAACACAGUGAUAGAAGAUGUGAUAUCAGGAGUUAGGGAAGCAUUCUUAGAUGAAGGUGUUGAUGAGCAAGUACUCCAAGAAUUGAAACAGAUAUGGGAAACAAAGUUAAUGGCAAGCAAAGCUGUAGAAUUAAAUCCUGAACCUCCUGAACCACAGCCACCUCAAUUAGUUUCAAAAAACAUUUCUUCGAAUAAAAGUGGUUUGAAAAGAAACUCCAAUGUUCAAACAAACGCAAAUGUACAGUCACAAGUACAAGAAUCUUCCCCUCCUCGUCCUCAAGCCCAGCAACCUCAACAAGCCUCACCACCACAACCCACACAUAUCCAAAAUCAACAAUCUCAACUCCAACCACAACCUCAAGCUCAGCCCCAACAAAUACAAGCCCAAUCACAGCAAGUGCAACACAUGCAAAAUAUGCCAGUACAGCAGAUACAACAGCAUCAUCAAACUAUACCCCAAACUCAACAGCCUCACGUGAAUCAACAGGCAGCAGCAGUUCCUGCUGAUAGGCAAAUCUCAAUCCAAAUAAAACUACCUAUUCAUGGUCAAUUACCUGAAAGGCUGAUCACUGUUCAUGUUCCUGCCUCUGCUGUACAAGGAAGUCAACUACAUGCUCUCUUUACUGGACCUAUAAUAUCUGCUGCCAUAUCUUUACCUACUCCUUUUGCAACGUCAUUGCUGCAGCAACAUGUAAAUUCUACAUUUGAAGGUGUACCAGGUUUUACUCCAGUACAGGUACAACCAGUGCAUGUUGUUGAUUCGGGUUCUAAUAAUAUUAUGCAGCAGCAACUCAUUCAAGGACAAGCCCAUGGUAAUAUUGCACAAUUAGAUGGAAUUGCAGAGGAUCCAUUUAAUAAUGAUGAUAUUGAAGUAACAGAAGAAAGUAGCAAGAGUAGCAGACCUCAACUGUUUGCAGUAAGAAUUAAAGUACCUUCUUAUAACCAAAAACCUGGACGAGUAGUUACCCUUCACUACCCUACUUCCAUUUUACAAGGACUAGCUUCAAAUCAAAUGCAACAGGCAUUUCCUGGACCUGUAACCUCAGCUGCACAUGAAUUGCCUUCUUGUUCCAUGACGUUUUUCUCUCAACUAGUUAAUUCUCAGCAUGCAGGUCACAUCAUUCAAUUAGAUGGCGUAACAGGCGAUUCGUCUGAUGAAGAAGACGAUGAUGAAGAGGAAGAUAAUGAUGAUGACGAAGAUCCAGAUGAAGAUAGAGAAGAAGAAGAUGAUGAAAAUGACGAUUCUGGUGCGAGGGAAGAAGAACCUCUUAAUUCUGAGGAUGAUGUAACAGAUGAAGAUCCAACUGAUCUUUUUGAUACUGAAAAUGUUGUUGUUUGUCAAUAUGAUAAGAUCACAAGGAGCCGAAAUAAAUGGAAAUUUUAUUUGAAAGAUGGUAUUAUGAAUUUAAGCGGUAAGGACUUUGUUUUCCAAAAAGCCAAUGGAGAUGCUGAAUGGUGAAAUAUAUUUUACAGCGAUAAUGUUAAGAAAAAUUUUUUUUUAAUUGAUAUAACUACUACAGUAAUGGACUGAAAACAGCCUUAAAUGGUUCUGAAUUAUACAUUCGCAGUCUUACUUUUAUUGCCGUGUGCGAAACAAUAUGUUAAGAUGUUUUUUCUUCUGUUUAUAAAGUCUUAAAAUAAGUAUUUAAAAUUGAUUAAAAAAAAUUGAUUAUUGUUAAUUUUUGAAAGUGAAUAUUGAAUAAUUUUGUAGAAUUAGGAGAAUAACGAUACCAUUUAAUUUAGAUUACUGAAUGAACUGAAAAUUGUUAUAUAAACAAUUACACCAAAAAACGUGUUGAACAUUAGAAUAAAUUAUUAUUUUCCAAAGUGACAGAAAAACUUUGCCGUAAGUAGGAAUAUAACAAUGCAUAGAUGAUCACAUUUAAAUAUUUGAAAAAUAAUCUAAGGAUUUACAAAACAGCUUAAUUUUUAUAAAAUUUACACUUAACUUGUAAUAUGAUUCUCAUAGGAGUGCAUUGUUUCUAAAUUUGAAUAGAUUAAUCUUAUACGAAAUGCAGAAAAGCUUUUUCAAAUGUGAUUGUAAAUAAAAAUAUAACUGAACGUGAUGCCUGUACAUACUGAAGGUGCAAUUACUUAUUGAAGCUUCGUAAAAACAAAUCUCACGGCAGUUUUUUAAUCCUUAAAUUAUUAUUCUUCAUCGAACAUCUGUAUUUCUUUGUAGUUUAUACAGAUUCUUCUAGAAGUUCGAUAUUUAUAACAAUCAAGAUAUUCAAGGGCACAAGUGCCUUCAUUAGUUUUCAAUCAAUUUAAACUAAUUUUGUUUUAUUUUGUCAAUUUCAUUAACGUUAUUUUUUCAGAUACCAAUAUACAUAUAUAUAUAUAUAUAUAUAUAUAUACAUCUAGUUUUCCUCUAUAAUAAUGAUAGACAGUAUAAUUUCUACUGAAAUCGGUUAAAAUUUGUAUCAUUUUAGUUUAAGCGUUCAUAAUGCUGAAAAUGUUACAAAUGCAAAUGUAAAUAUGUGAUUUCAAGAGAGGAAUGAAAAAGUAGGCGGUCUUAAGAAAU